AUGGCACAUUACUUCGAGCCUCAGCUUAAGCGGCCGGCUUCUUUCAACUUCGCGAUAGAUGUUGUCGACUACUGGGCGGCCAACCCGCCAAAGGGUAACACCGCCAUGCACUGGGUUUCCCAAGACCGCAAGACAGAAAGGACGCUCUCAUUCGGCCAUUUCAGUCGUCAGUCCCAUCGCUUGGCGGUUUUGUUCAAAGAGAAGCUUGGGGUUCGAAAGGGGAACAAGAUGUUGAUCAUCAUGCCGAGACUGCCUGAGUGGUGGGAGAUAGCGACCGCUUGUAUUCGAUCAGGAAUCGUGAUCUGUCCAGCUACCACUCUUCUGGUCGACAAGGACAUUGAGUACCGGGUCAAUCGAUCAGGUGCCUCGGUCUUCCUCGGGGACGCGGUCUCCGUGCAGAAAAUCCUCAGAGUUAAGCAGAGCUGUCCUUCACUCAAGCACAUCUUCCAGGUUGAUGGCAAAUGUCCCGUAGGCGUGGUCCUCCUGAGCGAGGCCUUGAAGGCAGUGCCUGAGAAUGCCAGAUAUGAGGGUCCUAAGCCAGCGUUGAAAGACCCGUCCAUGGUUUAUUUCACCAGCGGAACGACAGGGCCACCAAAGAUGGUACUUCACAACCAGAUCUCGUACCCGCUCGCUCACACUAUUACCGGAAAGCACUUCCAUCGGCUGUCACCAGGUCAGCUUUCUUGGGUACUGACCGAGCAAGGAUGGGCAAAAGCGGCCUGGGCCUUCUUAGGGGCAUGGAACUGUGGAGCUGGACUCUUCAUCCACGAUGAUCGACAAGCGUUCAGCGCUCGUAGUACCUUGGACAUCUUGCACCGAUAUCCGAUCACCAGCUUCUGCGCUCCACCGACAGUGUAUCGACAACUAGUCUUGGACGAAAUGCGAGAGCAUUACAGCAAUCAUCCUGCCAAGUCGUUGCAGCAUUGUACAGGCGCUGGCGAGCCACUGAAUCCAGAGGUCAUCCGGCUGUGGUUGGAGAUGUCCGGUCUCGAAAUCUGUGAUGGCUUUGGUCAAAGUGAAACGAUUCUUCUUUGCGGGAACUUUGCUGGGAUGAAAAUUCGACCUGGAAGCAUGGGAAAGCCUUCGCCAGGGACACCACUUCAUGUGAUUGGCGAUGAUGGCAAUGAGAUGGCAGACGACGCCGAGGGUGACAUUGCAGUCAAAGUUGACUUGACCAAGCAGUCCAACUUCUUCGGCGUGUUUGAAGGAUAUCUCGAAGAUGGCAAGCUUGACCGGAAGCUGAGAGAAUGUCGAGAGUCUGGAUACGCAUGGUACUGUACUGGAGAUCGUGCGACUCGAGAUAGCGAUGGUUACUUCUGGUUCGUGGGCCGAUCAGAUGAUGUGAUCAACUCGGCUGGCUACCGCAUCGGUCCGUUUGAGGUUGAGUCGACUCUCAAGCAGCAUCCUGCGGUUGUAGAGAGCGCAGUCGUAUCUUCCCCGGACAAGUCGCGAGGAGAGGUGGUCAAGGCAUUCGUAGUUCUGACCGAGCAAGCCCAAAAGAAGGACCAAGGGCAAUUAUUGAAAGAGCUGCAAGACUUUUGCAAGGAGAACCUGACGUAUAAGUAUCCUCGGAAGAUCCAGUUUGUCGAUGCUCACUUCCUGCCCAAGACUAUAUCAGGGAAGAUACAGCGGAAGAAGUUGAAGCAGAUGGAAUGGGGAGGAGAGAAGUCGAAGCUGUGA